CUCUUUCGCGAGAGGUGUCUUUUGAGGGCAGUUCUAUAUAUUGUUGAAUAUUGAUAAAAGUUAUCUGUGAUUACACUAAUCUAAUCUAAUAGAUUUAAUUAUAAUUCACUCGCAGUGAUAAAGUUUUUGAGUGUGUCGACCUAAUUCAUAUUAACAUAUUGGAUACAUCGUUGCAGUACAAAUAGUUGUGUUUUUAUUUUCGUGGUGAUUAUUAUAAGUGAAUAAUGAACUUAUCGUUCGCUGGUUGUGGUUUUCUUGGUAUUUACCAUGUUGGUGUUGCAGUGUGUUUUAAAAAGUAUGCGCCCCAUUUAUUGUUAGGUAAAAUCUCUGGCGCCUCUUUUGGCGCCUUGUCGGCUUGCUGUCUGCUAUGCGACCUGCCCAUAGGGGAAAUCACGACCGAUGUACUGAGAGUAGUGAGCGAGGCGAGGGCGGGCUCCCUCGGGCCUUUCAGCCCCUCCUUUAACAUACAAAAUGUCCUGCUCGAGGGGAUGCAGAAGUACCUUCCCCAUGACGUACACAAGAUCGUCAGCGGCAAGCUACAUAUUUCCCUAACGAGGGUUUACGAUGGCAAGAACGUCAUCGUUUCUGAAUUCCCCACGAGAGAAGAUUUGCUACAGGCGUUGUUAGCGUCAUGUUUCGUGCCAGUAUUCUCUGGUCUGCUCCCGCCUCGUUUCCACGGCAUAAGGUACAUGGACGGCGGUUUCAGUGAUAACUUACCGGUACUGGACGAAAACACCAUCACUGUUAGUCCCUUCUGUGGCGAGAGCGAUAUAUGCCCGAGGGAUUUGAGCUCACAGUUAUUCCAUGUUAAUCUGGCAAACACAAGCAUAGAACUAUCAAAACAGAACAUGAAUAGAUUCGCUAGGAUCCUAUUCCCUCCGAAGCCGGAAGUUCUAAGCAACAUGUGCAAACAAGGUUUCGACGAUGCGCUCAGGUUCUUGCAUAGAAACAACAUGAUUUCUUGCACGAGGUGCCUUGCGGUGCAGUCGACCUUUCAAUUGCAAGACGUGUUGGAUGAUACGACGUACGAAUACGACCCAGAUUGUGAAGAAUGCAAGACUCAUCGUCAGGACGCAUUAGUCGACGACCUACCAGACACGGUGAUGACGAUAUUCCAGAACGCCAUAGAUUCGGCUAACAACGGCAUUGUCAAUUGGGUGAUGAGGCAGAGGGCUAUGAGGUACCUCACGCUCCUGACGCUGCCGUACCGAGUGCCCAUCGACAUUAUGUAUGCUACAUUCACAAAAUUCGUAACAUGUACACCGAAGAUGAGCAAGUCGCUCUGGAAGCUGAGUCUUAAUACGCUGCAACAGCUCCACGGGUUCAUGUACGCGACCCACGACAGGUCGGAGGCAGCCGCCAGGAUAUACUACAAGCUGACCAUGGAUCACGGGAAAAUGGAUGCGAAUGAUGGCAGGCAACUGGAUAGGAGGCGAGCGAGCGAGUUCCGCAUCACAUACGGCGACAUGCGGACGACUCACGACGACGUCGACACGUUCGAGCACAUUCUGAACGUGACGUCACAUAAUGAAGCAUUGCUCGCAUAUUACUAUCUGGAUGGUGAAAAUAAGAUGAAAAUGACGGAGAUAUACGACGUGACGGACGCCGACACGGAUGCUGUCCAGUCGCCGAUGGAGCGCGACGUCAACAAGCAACUCGAGUUCGACAACGACUGGAGCGGCGAACUCAUUGCUGAUGAUGACGAUUUUGACAUGGAGGCUAUGGACGACGACGCUUUAGCCGACAGGAACAUAUUCUCUGACCCGGAGAGCGAGUGGAACGCCAGGCGAUCGGUGUCGCACUCUGAUAGCGAUGGCGACCAACCGGAGUCCGAUCGGAGAGGGCCUUAUAUCGAGUUAGCAUAGUGGAUGUUAGAACAUAUAGACUGCGAGAGGUUGGCGAAAACAGUAAACAAGCGCUGUGUGAUCCUCACAAACUUUAUGCUAAGUAAUUUAGUGGAAGCGACGGCGCAGCUACUGUCUAAUACCACACUGUUGACGAGCCUACUUUUAGAGGGACUGCCGUUAAGGAUACCUUAUUUAAACCCUUUAUGUGAGGCCCUAUUAGCAAAUAAUUCUCUACAACACAUACACUUGCCUCGCUGUCUGAUCGGCGACGCUGGUUGCCUUGCCAUCUGCAAGUCGAUUAGAUGUCUACCGAAUAUCCUCACGCUAGACCUAUCUGGCUGUGAGCUAACCCCGCUCGGGGCUGGAUAUAUAGCAGAAUUGGUCAAGUACCAGAAAAUCCACAGGUAUAGUGAAAACUGGACGCACACGCUCCGCUACAGGCUACCGGAACUAGACGCGAUGGCGGGCUUGCGGCGGAUCACCGUGUGCGCCAACCCGCAGCUUGGAGACAUCGGUGUCGGCAAGCUGCUCGAUGUGCUCUCCGAUGAUUUGUGGAUCAAAGCGCUGGACAUCCAAAACUGUGGUAUAACAGAAAAUACGGCAUUAGCCGUUCAGCAAAUGAUGACGUCAAACACAACACUUGUAGUUUUAGACAUGAGGAACAAUCCCGACGUGACCACCGAGACUUUAUCAAAAGUUCGAUCCACGCUCCGGGAUAACGAGAGAGGGAUGGAAGGGAAGUUUUCAUGGCUUGCCAGCGUCAGUGGGUCUUCGAGUGAGAAACUGAUUAAAUCAGUUACAUCCAAAAACGGAGUAAUAAAAGACCGUGCAGUAUCUAACGUAAGAAGUACACCCACGAAGUACGUAACUAAGGCGAGUGUUGUGAAGAAAGAUAAGGAUUACGCGGAAGUGCUAGAAGAACAGCUACAAGAGGAGAUAUCCCACAGACAACAGCUCGAAGAGUUGAAUCUACAGUUAGUGGACCAAAUGAAACAGUUAAAACAGCAGCAGAUACGACUGUGGGCCAACUGUGCAGCAUCUUCAGGUUCAGAACACUCAUUCGAAGCGAGUUCGAGAUCGGGCGAUCUUUCAAGCAGUUCAGGCUCAUCAAGUUCUGUACCUAUCGACCAGACCACGCUCUCAUACAUACAACAGGCCUUCAAAGAUAUAUACGCUUUCAUUAAGAAUAACCAGUGCUACGGACAAUGUCUUCAUGCAGCGUCUAAGGAAAAACUACCAGAGCAGCAGCCGAUCGAAGAAGUUCCGGAAUCAGAAGAAUCACAAUACGGUGGAGAGCUGCGUGUCAAUAUUAUACCGAAGAGGGCGCAGAGCUCGCACCAAAAGAUCGCGGGCAACAUGAAGGUCAACAAGACCACCAAGUCCGCGCAUAUGCUAAGUGAUAUUCAGAGGAGGGAUGCUGUUGAAAUGAAACCAGAAAUGAUUGAAAGACAAAUCGGUGACACGAGAAACCAGCACUGUGACGACUCAAGUACUUUGGAAGAUAUGAUCUCGGUGCAAACAAAGCCUAAAAAAAAUAAUGUAUACGAGCAGUCGAGCCCCUGCAGCAGCGUGGUGAGCGACUCGGACACGCUGGUGUGCUCGCCGCAGAUGACGCAGCGCGCCGGGCCCGCGCCCGCCAUCAACCCCAGGGAGGCUCUCUAUUCGUCCUCCGACGAAGACAGCUCGUGACUCGCGUUUUUUACGUAUUUAUUUAUGAACAACAUGUUUUAUGUACGAUUAAACAAAUUGCUUGUUU